GGGCGCGAGGGUGGCAGCCACAGGGAGCCGCCGCCCGUGGCCGCUCGGGUCCCCGUGGGGCGCAUGGGGCGCUUCGAGCCGGGAUCGCGUGCGGGCUCCGCGCCCAGCUUUCUGCUGCUGUGAGGAGCCGCGCCGGGACGCCCCGCAGACCCGGAGCUGCCGGUAGGAUGACCAUGGCCGGGGGAAGGAGGGGACUGGUGGCUCCGCAGAACACGUUUCUGGAGAAUAUUGUCCGGCGGUCCAAUGAUACUAAUUUUGUUUUGGGGAAUGCCCAGAUAGUGGACUGGCCUAUCGUGUACAGCAAUGAUGGAUUUUGUAAGCUGUCUGGCUAUCACAGGGCAGAAGUGAUGCAAAAAAGCAGUACCUGCAGUUUUAUGUAUGGGGAACUGACUGAUAAAGACACGAUUGAAAAGGUGCGGCAAACAUUUGAGAACUACGAGAUGAAUUCCUUUGAAAUUUUGAUGUACAAGAAGAACAGGACACCUGUGUGGUUCUUUGUGAAAAUUGCUCCAAUUCGAAACGAACAGGAUAAAGUGGUUUUAUUUCUUUGCACUUUCAGUGACAUAACAGCUUUCAAACAGCCAAUUGAGGAUGACUCAUGUAAAGGCUGGGGGAAGUUUGCUCGGCUGACCAGAGCAUUGACAAGCAGCAGGGGUGUCCUGCAGCAGCUGGCUCCUAGUGUGCAAAAAGGCGAGAAUGUCCACAAGCACUCCCGCCUGGCAGAGGUCCUGCAGCUGGGCUCAGACAUCCUUCCCCAAUACAAGCAAGAGGCGCCAAAGACUCCCCCUCAUAUCAUCUUACAUUACUGUGUUUUUAAGACCACAUGGGAUUGGAUCAUCUUGAUCUUGACCUUCUAUACAGCCAUCUUGGUCCCUUACAAUGUCUCCUUUAAAACCAGGCAGAACAAUGUGGCCUGGCUGGUUGUGGAUAGCAUCGUGGAUGUCAUCUUUUUGGUGGAUAUUGUGCUCAAUUUUCAUACCACCUUUGUUGGACCAGCGGGGGAGGUGAUUUCUGACCCCAAACUUAUCCGCAUGAACUACUUGAAGACGUGGUUUGUGAUUGACCUUCUGUCCUGUUUGCCAUAUGAUGUCAUCAACGCUUUUGAGAACGUGGAUGAGGUUAGUGCCUUUAUGGGUGAUCCAGGGAAGAUUGGUUUUGCCGAUCAGAUUCCACCACCACUGGAGGGGAGAGAGAGUCAGGGAAUUAGCAGCCUGUUCAGUUCUCUGAAAGUUGUCCGGCUGCUCCGUCUUGGGCGAGUGGCCCGAAAGCUGGACCACUACAUUGAAUAUGGAGCUGCUGUGCUGGUUCUGCUGGUGUGUGUGUUUGGGUUGGCUGCACACUGGAUGGCCUGCAUCUGGUACAGCAUUGGGGACUAUGAGAUCUUUGACGAGGACACCAAGACAAUUCGCAACAACAGCUGGCUCUACCAACUGGCUAUGGACAUUGGCACCCCUUACCAAUUUAAUGGGUCUGGCUCAGGGAAGUGGGAAGGUGGUCCCAGCAAGAAUUCUGUCUACAUCUCCUCAUUGUAUUUCACUAUGACCAGCCUCACCAGUGUGGGCUUUGGGAAUAUUGCCCCAUCCACAGACAUCGAGAAGAUCUUUGCAGUGGCCAUCAUGAUGAUUGGCUCACUUCUCUAUGCCACCAUCUUCGGGAAUGUGACGACCAUUUUCCAGCAGAUGUACGCCAACACCAACAGGUACCAUGAGAUGCUCAACAGCGUUCGAGACUUCCUGAAACUCUAUCAGGUGCCAAAAGGAUUGAGUGAGCGAGUCAUGGAUUAUAUAGUGUCCACCUGGUCCAUGUCCAGAGGCAUUGACACAGAGAAGGUCCUGCAGAUCUGUCCCAAGGACAUGAGAGCUGACAUCUGUGUGCAUCUGAACCGUAAGGUGUUCAAGGAGCACCCAGCCUUUCGGCUGGCCAGUGAUGGCUGCCUGCGGGCACUGGCCAUGGAGUUCCAGACAGUGCACUGCGCCCCGGGGGACCUCAUCUACCAUGCAGGAGAGAGUGUCGACAGCCUCUGCUUUGUGGUCUCCGGCUCCCUGGAGGUGAUCCAGGAUGAUGAGGUGGUGGCCAUCCUAGGGAAAGGAGAUGUGUUUGGAGAUGUGUUCUGGAAGGAAGCCACCCUAGCCCAGUCCUGUGCCAACGUUAGGGCUUUGACCUACUGUGACCUGCAUGUGAUCAAACGGGAUGCUCUGCAGAAAGUGCUGGAAUUCUACACGGCCUUUUCCCACUCCUUCUCCCGGAACCUGAUUCUUACCUACAACUUGAGGAAGAGGAUUGUGUUCCGGAAGAUCAGCGAUGUGAAACGGGAAGAGGAAGAGCGCAUGAAACGGAAGAAUGAAGCCCCCCUGAUCUUGCCACCAGACCACCCUGUCCGGCGACUCUUCCAGAGGUUCCGACAGCAGAAAGAAGCCAGACUGGCUGCAGAGAGAGGGGGACGGGACCUGGACGACCUGGAUGUGGAGAAGGGCAAUGUCCUCACAGAGCACGCCUCAGCCAACCACAACCUCGUGAAGGCCAGUGUGGUCACUGUCCGCGAGAGCCCUGCUACACCUGUGGCCUUCCAGGCAGCCUCUACCUCGGGAGUGCCGGACCACGCCAAGCUGCAUGCGCCAGGGUCCGAGUGCCUGGGCCCUAAGGCAGGAGGGGGUGACUGUGCCAAACGCAAAGGCUGGGCCCGCUUCAAAGAUGCUUGCGGGAAGGGCGAGGACUGGAACAAGGUGUCCAAGGCUGAGUCAAUGGAGACGCUCCCCGAGAGGACAAAGGUGUCAGGUGAGGCCACGCUGAAGAAGACAGACUCAUGUGACAGUGGCAUCACCAAGAGUGACUUGCGUUUGGACAACGUAGGCGAGGCCAGGAGUCCCCAGGACCGCAGCCCCAUUCUGGCAGAGGUCAAGCAUUCUUUCUACCCCAUCCCUGAGCAGACGCUGCAGGCCACAGUCCUGGAGGUGAGGCAUGAGCUGAAGGAGGACAUCAAAGCCCUGAAUGCCAAAAUGACCAGUAUCGAGAAACAGCUCUCAGAGAUUCUCAGGAUAUUAACUUCCAGAAGGUCCUCUCAGUCUCAGGAGCUGUUUGAAAUAUCAAGGCCCCAGUCCCCAGAAUCAGAGAGAGACAUUUUUGGAGCGAGCUGAGAGGUCUGUUGGGCAAAAAGUCAAAGACAAACCUGACAGCCCUGCCCUCAGUAUCACCCCCACCACACAUACCCACAAGCCCAACAAUUCCCAACUAGGCUUUUCCUGACAGAAACUCAACAUGGGGGCAGUGGCUCAGGCACACUAGCUCGCUCUCUGGAAGAAGACAGGAAAGGUGGCAUGCCCCCCACCCUGCAAGGUGGCAGCUACAUCUGAACCAUCUGUGCACAAUUUUGGAAGGAGGGGCAUGCUGUUUAAAGGGUGUUUUCCUUCAUUUUUAAUUUUUUACUUCCAUUUUUGUACCAGAACAGUAGCAGCCAUUUGGAGAUUGGUGGGGGUGGCUGAGAACCCCUUGUGUAUAUACCAUGCUGGGCUCCUUUGCCAGGACCCCUCAAAGACUUCAGUGGGCCAGGGACUUCCCAGCAUCCCCCGUCCUUGUACAGCCCGUGUCUGAUGUCACUAGAUAUUUUCCUAUAGUCCUUUAUAACAAGCUCGGAACAAGGGGAGCUUAAGGGACAGGAGGGUAGAACCUGUCAGCUUUCUGUCUCUAAUGAUUAAGGCCAAAAAGCGUCUGUGGGUGCCUCCUGUAGACACUCGGAGCUGAGCAUCCUCAGAUUUCCUUUCCCAAAAGAGACACCAUCAGAGCUGGACAGGCACCCUUGCGAUCCAGGGAUCCCCUUUUGUGUGGGCUGCAGCCUGCUCCUCUGGGAGAGUCUACAGGGAGGGCUCCAGCGGCCCCGGACGAGCCUCCAUCCACUGCCUCACACACAGGCUCCUUUGCUUCUUUUCCUUCCUGACCUCUCCCCAAGUGUCUCCGUGGCAUUCCUCAGGGUAUGGAGUGUCGGCAGGAAGGGUCAUGGGCCCAGAGUUGCUUUAUUAACAAAUGGACACAUAGACACACAUGACCUCAGAAAAAUGAUUGUAGCAAGUGCUGUUUAUAUUUUGAUUCCCAUUGGUAUUACCCUUUGGAAGUUUAUAUUUUGUCCACUGCAUGUGGUCAUUCUAGGGCACUUGGGAGCUUGCUUGGCCUUAUUUCAAAGUUAACCUUUCUAGUUCCUACUGAAGUUAGUAGGACUUCAAGAGAAACUGGGGAAAAAUGGCAGGACCAUGGUUAUACUUUCUUCAGGAGCUGGAAAAAGAGAACAAAACAGAUUUUCCAGCUGCCUAUGGGCCAUCUGAAUCCAUACACCACGACGCCAGGGGAAUUGCUACUGUCUCAUAGUCACCAUGGUCAGGUUAUUUGUAUGCUUGGAAUUCUCUCAAUGGUAUCUGAGAAAGGAAAGAGGGGAGGUCUCUUCCAGGGAUAAUGGAGUUAGUUAUCCUGGGAGAGAGGUUUCAGGACCCUGAACAUUAAUAAGCAAGGCUGGAAGUUCAGCUCUAAGAAGUCAGUUUUGAGAGAGUUGAAUUAGCGCAGGUGACCGCUGGACUCCUCCAGGACACUGCCCUUGGCCUGUGUCCCAUGGUGAUCCCAUUCCUGGCACAUCUGCCCUACCAAAGAUCUCCAGCAUUCUGAAAGCCCUUAGUGCCACCCUCCCCCAACCCCCUCCCUCCCAGGACUUGGCCUUCAGUUGUCUGGGUAGGGAAAAGCUGACCUCUCCCGGCUCACAGGGUUGGCAUAGACAGCCCUGAGGAAAAGGGUCUGGGAAGCCAAGGGCAGAGUCCCACCUCACAUCCCCUGCUCACACCUGUAGUUUCUCAUGGGAGGUUGGCAGGGGCUUCCCCAGGCUUAACCUCAGAUGGUAGUAUAAAAAAACAGUGACUCUGGAUAAAGCUAUAGGGCCUUCAGCCUCUUUAAUGUGUGAAGCUGCCAGCUAGUCCUUGGGGCAGAGGCUGUAGAAUAACUGCAGUCCCAGCUGCAGCUACCCUCUAAUGCCCUAGUUUUCCAUUCCUUAAAUGUGCUCCUUAACCUGCUUCUAAAGUUUAGGACCCACAGUACUUUUAAGGCAAGCAGGCAGGCAGGGCCCCUAAUCACCCAGCAUGCAGCAGCAGCACAACUCACCCUGGAAGACAAUUUGUUGCCUACCAACUCUCUGGGGACUUGCUGACAGCCUCCUGUACAGCAUCCCACUGGCCAUCAGGGAGAGAGACUGCAUUGCAGGGCAAAGAUGCUGGUGAGGCUUUGAAGUCCAGACAUGAUUUGGGAGAAAUAAAACUUCAGGAAUGCUCUCCUGGAUCAAUGCAAAUUGGGCCCAUGACUGGAAACCCAGAUCCUGUGAUGGGAAUCUGUUCAUCUCAGGGUGAUGGGACCCACAAUGCAAGCAUCUGUGGAUAACAGUGAGCACCAUGCGUGAGCUAUAGAUGCUUUUGUUCUUCUCCAUUUAAGAAGUUUAGGGAUUUUUUGCUAUAAUUAUUUUCCUGAAAAAAAUUUUUUUUAAGUGAGCCAAACUUUUCUGCUUUCCUUUCUGUGACAUGUGCUUGGCUGCAGGCUGCUUUGUGCUAACUCUCCAGCCUUGCUAGGACACUACUCUGGGUUCCCAAGCAAAGGCCAGAAGCUUCAGAUCCUACUGACCUGAACCUUCUAGUAUAAAUCACUAUGUGGUAGCUAAAGAGAUUAGGGGAACACAAAGUUACUAGGUAUUGCACAGAACAUUUAGACUUUAGAAAAAUUAUGCUGAGAGAUACAGAUUUACCUGAGCUAUUUCCUCCUUUUUGAGGGGACAGGGCAUGAUGUGUUGCAUCCUUGUCCAUCAAGUGCUGGUUACUUGAUCUUUAUUAAACUCUUUACUUUGAAUGUCAUUCAUAGGGAAGUUCCAUUUCCCAGCGAACAUCCUAACAGGCUGCUUUGAAGUAGGGAGGUCCUGCCCCUGUCACUCGGCUGCUUGUUGAACGAACAAACCUCUGCUGAUGGAGGUGUGGGGGUAAGAGUAGACCCUAAGAAAUGAGAUUGUGAACGAGAGGCAAUGUUCUUGGUGAAGGGUGCACUCCAGCUAUGGGUGUUGCUAUCUCAGAUGCCCACCAAGGGCUCCUCCACUGGGCAGACAGCCAUUCGAUUGAAAAGCUCUGUCUGGUACAUAAUUAAUGCAAUGCUAUGUUAUGCUAAAGGAUACAACAUUGUUAUGACGUGGCCCAAGUGUUUAAAAAGUAGCAGCCUUCUAGCAAACUUUUAAAAAUUAAUUUCUUGCUUGUUUUUCAAUUCUUGGGGCCUAUCAUUCCCCCAGCCUCUUAGACCCUAUGUGCUGCUAUUGUCCAGACAUCUUCCCCUGUCCUCUUUUAAAAAGGCAGACAGCUGGGCAAGGGGUGGAAAAGCACCCCCCCAAUACAGCAUGCUGCUUCUCUAAAUCCUUAGGUGGAGAGUGAAAGAACUAAGCCCACUGUCAACCUUUUUCUCCACGCCUGUGGGGGGACUUUACAAACUCUAAAAGUACUGGGUGAAAGAAGAUUUUGUUUCCUCUGUUGCACUAACACUACACCACAUAUACAGUCUGGGAAGUUUCAGGAGCCUCGGUGGGGAUAUUUAAUAGAAGUUGCUGAUGUGCAUUUCAUUAAUAGAGUGUAUAGUGUUUUGCAAUAAAGAUGUUUAGCCUUAAGACCCUUAAAUGGAACUCCACCAGUGAUGGAGCUGCCCAGGCCCCUUCCUCUCCUCACCCAGUGUUGCUUAACUAAGGAGGCUUACUGAGGGCACACUGCUCCUGGACAACCUCUCUGUCGCAAAAUCAUUGUCAUUGCUCCAUAUACUGCCUUCUCACUUGCUUCAAUAAAAGUUACCUUCACCAGCUCCUGUACCCUCUGCCUGGAGGAGACUUCACUGUCCUCUCAGCACUAACUGCAAACAUCAGAGAAAGCACCAUUUUCUCACCAAAGGUGUGUUCAUGUUGAGAUGUUUUAACUUCCAGCCCCCUACAAUUCAAAAAGUCAAUGUGAAUUUAUCUGCAGCUUAAAUUAGUUUCAAAUGAAACUUCAUUCUCAUGUGAGCAUAUCAGACUUAUUCUGGAACCUCUAGAACUGGACUUGAAUACCCUGCAGGUACCCUCCCUGCUAUUUAACUUAGAGCCAGUGUCUCUAUGACUUCUGAGUCAUCCAAUGGAUCCAUUAGUUGAGAAGUCCACAGAUCUUUAUCAGGAUAUGAACUGAUUUAUGUUAAGAAGGAUGCAACCCCCCCCCCCUUAAUGAAUGUAUUCUCUUAAUAUUCAGCCCCUGUAUUUGUUGGAGAUGGUCCAUAUCUGACAUUUUACAGAUACCACAGGACACUUAUACUCAGUUCGUCAUUCUGGGGCUUCUCCUUUUAUUAACACUUUCCAUUGAGUCUGCCAAAUCCUUUAUUGGAUUUUUUUCCUUUGCAUCUGCCACUUUGUCCAAAUGAGCAUGAAUAAACAAAAGUGCAAAUAGGAUGAUACUAUUUUUGUGGUCAGCUGAGGAUGCUGCCAGGAACUCCACUGUACGUCUGUGGCUUGGGAAUGUUAAGAGGAACAUGUGGGCUCUUCCAUUGAUAUUCCUUUCUCAACAUUUUUAAACAAGCACAAAUGAUAUUUGUAAAAAAAACUUAUUUAUUAUGGUAAUAAACUAUUUUAUACAUGAUACUUGCUUUUGCCUUUCCUUACAACCAGCAAAGUGGUAUUCUGAUCUAAGAUGACAGACCAAGGAGGGUAUUUUAUAUUCUAAGAGUUUAGGACGCUCUAAUUUGGAAAGCACUUGUAUUUGGAAAGCACUUGUGGUUUUUGAGAACAUAAAAUUCUAGAGACACCAAGAUUGUGGGUCAUGGUAUAACGUAUCAAGAAAAUAAAUAGGUGUGGGUAUAUGAUCUAAAAGUAGAGCUCUAUCUGCAUUAGAGUGCCUUCAAAAUAUGGCAUCACUGGACAAUUAUAUGACACAUUGAUCUGAAACUGAUCUCCCCCUUAGAAGUGAACAUUUUUUAUAAAUUUAGGAGGUACUAGUGCAGUUUUGUUAAAUGGAUAUAUCGUAUAGUGAAAUCUGGGCUUUCCACAUCACCCAAAUAGUGUACAUUGCACCCACUAGGUAAUUUCAAACUCAC